AUGAACCGAACCGCCCAGCAUCUCGCAAUCAGCCGACCGCCUCCCGCCGAUAGCUUCCCAUCCAUUGCCAGCAUCCAGAGGCCGGAAUCACGUGCGUCGACCGAGUCGGUGUCGAGUGCAGAGGAAAGGCUACAAUGGCGCAGUCACCCCAAUGUCGCAACCCCAUUUCCCGACUCACCGGAACACAAUCCCUUUGAUGACCCCAAUCUAAACUCGUCAUUGCCGCCGAGACACCAGGCCGACGGUGCGCACGAGCAGACACAGAAGGAACAAGUCGAGGAUGCGUGCCACGACGAUUCAAAGACUGACACAAACGCAUCCGACAAGACCGAAGAGCCCAGGCCUUUGGCUCCCAUCAUCAGCAAUGUCAGCACCAAGCGUAGCGCCCGAGGCACCCUCAAGAGUGAUGUACCCGAGAAGAGGAAGCAGCUGAGCUUCAAGGAGCGAAUACGGCAUUUUACCUGGACCUGGUUUUGUCUUACAAUGGCUACUGGAGGCAUUGCCAACGUCCUGUACAGUGUCCCGUUCCGCUUUCGAGGCCUCUACGCCAUUGGCUGCAUCUUCUUCAUCCUCAACAUUGUCUUCUUCCUAUUCAACUGCAUCAUGAUCUCUUUCCGUUUCUACUUUUACCCUCGCACAUUCAAGGCCUCAUUUCUGCAUCCCACCGAAAGUCUCUUUAUUCCUGCCGCCGUAGUCAGCUUCGGCAUCAUCCUAAUCAACGUCAGCCAGUACGGUGUCGGCCAUUCAGGCUUGGGCAAUUGGCUGGAGAAGAUCAUGAUUGUUUUGUUCUGGAUGGACUGCGGUCUUGCUGUCUGCUUCUCCGUAGGCAUCUACUUGCUCAUGUGGUCUACAACAACAUUCACAAUCUCCCAAAUGACACCCAUCUGGAUUUUCCCCGCCUACCCACUGUUAAUUAUCGGUCCCCAUGCUGGCAACCUAGCCCCCAAGGUCGACAACCCAACCACAGCCCUCACCAUCAUCCUGACCGGGUAUGUUAUCCAAGGAAUUGGAUUCCUUGUCUCGCUCAUGAUCUAUGCUGCUUUCAUCUACCGCCUCAUGACACAGAAGCUCCCUAAGGAGUCGCUUCGCCCCGGUAUGUUCAUCAGCGUUGGUCCCUCGGGUUUCACCAUAGCAGGAGUUGUCACAAUGGGCCAAGAACUUCCGAGGGUUGUCGCGAGUGACUUCAUGGGAGAGGGAAACGGCGAAAUCGCAGGCAAGGUCGGCAUGAUCUGCGCAAACUUUCUCGGACUAUGGCUCUGGGGCCUUGCACUCUGGUUCUUCCUGAUAAGUGUUGGCGCUCAUUGGUCUUGUGCUAGGCGAGGAAAGAUGGACUUCGGAAUGACGUGGUACUCGUUCAUCUUCCCCAACACUGCACUGACGACAUCCACCUUCGCCAUCUCCCGAUGCCUCAACGGCAACAAGCCCAUUGCAUACAUUGGCUGCGCCAUGACUGUUGGCCUCAUAGCCAUGUGGUUUUUUGUCAUUUUCAUGAACGUUCGGGCCGUCUUCAUCCACCAAAUACUCUGGCCAGAGAAGCAGGAGGAUAGGACCGAAGGAGGCUGGAAACAGCAGACUGCUGAAGAGCAGCAAAGGAGACAGCGCGAAAGAGAACUUGCUGAUGGAGGAGAAAGCAUUAGAGAACGCGCAUGGAACAGAGCCAAAACUUUUCAGAGGAGAGAUCGGGCUCCUACCUUUGAUGGCCAGGGAGCACCCAUGCCAUCAUUGGCCAGGGCCCAGACUGAGACAAUGGCUAGGAAGAGGAGAUGGAGUUUCAGAAGGUGA